UUAGCGACGAUAAAAAUAGCUUGUAAAUCUCCAAAACAUGGAAGAGUUUCAAAAAACAUUGCUAACUUUCAUUAAAGCUCAACAAGAACAAACAGCGAAGCAACAAGAGUUUGUUAUAAAAAGUCAGCAAGAAUUCUUAUCUCAAUUGACAAGUAGCUUUGGUUCAGCUAACCCGAAAACGGUGACUAAAGUUGGAGAAGAAUUUAGAAUGGAAAGUUUAGGAUACAGUAUAACAGAAUUUUAUGGCGAUCCUGAAUCUGGUCUAACAUUCGAAAUUAAGCACAAAAUAUAUGAAAAUGUUUUCCUAGAGGACGAUAAAGAACUGUCUGAUUAUGCGAAAGUAAGACUUCUUUUAAGAAAAUUAGAAACUCCUUGUCACGAACAGUACAUCAAUCUAAUUUUACCUAAGAAUACUAAAGAUCUAAACUUCGUAGAAUCCAUUGGAAAAAUAUUACAAAUGUUUGGAAAGGCAACUUCUACAUUUUAUACCAAAUACCAGUGCACGCAAUUAACAAAACAUGACUCAGAAGAUUUUAUAGCUUUGUAG